AAAUGAAACUAUACUAUAUAUUAUAAUCCCAUAACCAAUUAUUUUGGAGAAUCCCUCUCUCUCUCUCUCUCAAAUCUCACCAAUGGCGUCUCCUCGUGGCCUCUCGAUCUCCUUCAUCGUCCUCACUCUCUUCACCUCCUUACCAAAUCCCGCAACCUCUCUUCGCACUUCCUUCAUCAAACUCCCCGGAAGCGACGGAUCUCGCUCCUCCGCCUCCGAUACCUACUGCGAGAGCUGGAGAUUGGCCGCGGAGACAAACAACGCCGGAACCUGGGAUGUGAUCCCUUCCAUGUGCGUUGAUUCCGUCGCCGGUUAUCUCAACGGAGAUCAGUACGGAUCCGAUUACGACGUCAUCGCUGAUUACGCGCUCUCCUUCGCGAAAACGGUUGAGAUCUCCGGCGACGGGAAGGAUGUGUGGAUCUUCGAUAUCGAUGAGACGCUCCUCACGAAUUUAGACUACUACAGAGCUCAUGGUUACGGGUCUGAACCAUUCGAGUCCAAUAGCUUCAAUGAGUGGGUGGUAGAAGGAACAGCUCCAGCUUUUGAAGCGAGCUUGAGACUAUACAAUGCUCUCAAGAAACUCGGUUUCACUAUCGUCCUCCUAACCGGCCGAGACGAACACCAAAGAAGUGUCACCGAGACUAAUCUCCGAGACGCCGGUUACUCCGGUUGGGAAAGGCUCCUCUUGAGAGGUCCAGAAGAUCAAGGGAAAUCAGCUACCAACUACAAAUCCGAGCAGCGGGCGAAUUUAAUCGAGAAAGGCUUCAAGAUCCGUGGCAACACCGGCGAUCAAUGGAGCGAUCUUCUCGGUUUCGCCGUGGCUGAUCGUUCUUUCAAAGUCCCAAAUCCAAUGUACUACAUUCCUUGA